GUCUCACUGGCAGUGCUGUGACUGUCCCAGAAACACUGCUUUUUGUAUCCACUCUUGAUGGAAACCUUCAUGCUGUGAGUAAGAGUACAGGUGACAUCAAGUGGACCCUGAAGGAUGAUCCUAUUCUGCAGGUGCCAGUUUAUGUUGCAGAACCAGCGUUUCUUCCGGACCCCAAUGAUGGCAGCCUAUAUAUCCUGGGAGGAAAAAACAAAGAAGGCUUGAUGAAGCUCCCAUUCACCAUCCCAGAGCUGGUCCAGUCCUCGCCAUGUCGCAGUUCGGACGGUGUUCUCUACACAGGGAAGAAGCUGGACACCUGGUUCAUCGUGGACCCCAAGUCAGGAGAGAAGCAGACCACUCUCUCAACAGAGGCCUGGGAUGGUCAAUGCCCUUCAAGUCCCCUGCUCUACAUCGGCCGUACCCAGUAUGUCAUCACUAUGUAUGACACCAAGUCGCGGGAGCUGCGCUGGAAUGCCACCUACUCGGAUUACUCGGCACCGCUCUACGAGGAACUGUACCACUACAAAAUGGCACACUUUGCCUCAAGCGGAGAUGGCCUGGUGGUGACGUUGGACAAGGAAAGCGGGGAGGUCCUGUGGGCACAGAACUAUGGCUCUCCUGUGGUAGGCAUCUACAUGUGGCAUCAAGACAGCCUCCGCCGUGUCCCCCACCUCAACAUGGCCAUGGAGACACUGCGCUACCUGACCUUCCACUCUCAGGACAUCCGCCUCAUCAAGUGGAACUACCAGUCAAUGAAGGACUUCACCACUACCAAGACCCAGCUGCUGCCAACACUCUAUGUGGGGAAGCAUGCAGCCAGCUUCUACGCCUUGACCUCCUUGGUCCAUGACAGUGUGGCUCUGGUGCCGCGGGGGAUCGCGCUGGCCAGGAUUGAUGGCCCAACCACAGAUGAUGUGACUAUGAGAGAGUCCGGCGAGUGUGAGAUCACACCCAGCACAGAUGUCAAGUACCCCCAGGGCAGCAUCACUUCACUCCACAACCAGUGGCUCCUAAUAGGGCACCAUGAGCUGCCUCCUGUGAUCCAUACUACAAUGCUAAGAGCCUUUCCAGAGAACCUGAGGAAGACGACAGAAACCAUCAUUCCCAAGAACUCUCCUGCCAGGGCUGUGUUUGAAGAUUAUCUGACGGCGAGCAGCAUGGAAGAGCCAGCUAUCAGGAGCAACGACGGGCAGUUUCAGUCAGAUUCCACCCAGGGAGAGCAAGUGGAGGUCUACCCAGAGCCUAGCAGCUGGGACAUCAUGAUGGCUGGAGUCAGCACAGCCCUGCUGGGUGGGGGAAUCCUAUUCCUCGUUCUGAUGAAACUGCAAAAGCAACAUGAGGCACAGCAACAGCAGCUGGAGAAGCAAAUUCAGCUCUUACAGCAGCAACAAGAGAUGCUGUUCCCAGGUCAGACCUCUGGAGAUGGUGUCUCUGCAGACCCCAAGGAGCUGGGUGUGACCCAGGGAAGUGCUUCACAGCAGUCACAGAGCUCCAACCCAUCCACCUACCCAAAGAACGUGGUUAAUGGGAUGGUCAGCCAGGAUCCAGCUGUCCUGGGGGCUGCUGAAGAUGCAGGACCAGACAUGAUUGUGGUUGGGAAAAUUUCUUUUAACCCCAAAGAUGUGCUGGGCCAUGGAGCUGGAGGAACCUUUGUCUUCAGGUGGGUAGCACCCUGGGAUGCCCUCUCUUUUGCUAAGGCCAGGCCGGAUGCAGGACCAGACAUGAUUGUGGUUGGGAAAAUUUCUUUUAACCCCAAAGAUGUGCUGGGCCAUGGAGCUGGAGGAACCUUUGUCUUCAGGGGACGGUUUGACGGCCGGAACGUGGCUGUGAAGCGCCUUCUGCCCGAGUGUUUCCACCUCGUGGACCGCGAGGUCCAGCUGCUCCGGGAGUCGGAUGAGCACCCCCACGUUGUACGAUAUUUUUGCACCGAGAAGGAUAAGCAAUUCCAUUAUAUCGCCAUUGAGCUCUGCUCUGCCACAUUGCAGGAGUACGUGGAAAGCCCUGGCUUCGAUCGUCGGAGCCUGGACCCGGUGUCUCUCCUGCAUCAGACCACGUCAGGCCUGGCACACCUGCACUCGUUAAACAUCGUUCAUCGUGACCUGAAACCCUGCAAUAUCCUCAUCUCCGUCCCGAAUAGCCAUGGGCAGAUCCGAGCCGUUAUCUCCGACUUUGGCCUAUGCAAGAAGCUUCAUGGGGGACGACACAGCUUCAGCCUCCACUCUGGGAUUCCUGGCACUGAGGGAUGGAUUGCACCUGAGUUGCUGCAGGAGGCCCCAAAGGAAAAUCCUACAUGUGCUGUGGACAUCUUCUCAGCCGGGUGUGUCUUCUACUAUGUGGUGUCAGGAGGAAAGCAUCCAUUUGGGGACAGCUUACGGCGACAGGCCAACAUACUGUCAGGCACAUACCAGCUGACUUGUCUGCAGGAAGAUGCUCACGACAAGGUUGUUGCAAGAGAGCUGAUUGCAGCAAUGAUCAGCAGUGAAUCCCAGAAGCGCCCUUCAGCCCCUGUGGUCCUUAUGCACCCCUUUUUCUGGAGUCAAGAGAAGCAGCUGCAGUUCUUCCAGGAUGUCAGCGACCGCAUUGAGAAGGAACCUGCUGAGGGGCCCAUAGUCUCAGCCUUGGAGGCAGGGGGACGGUCGAUUGUGAGGGUGAACUGGAGAAUGCACAUCUCUCUCCCGCUGCAGACAGACUUGAGGAAGUUCCGGACGUACAAGGGCGGUUCAGUGCGUGACCUCCUGAGGGCCAUGAGGAACAAGAAGCAUCACUACCAUGAGCUGCCUGUCGAUGUGCAGGAGGCCCUGGGGUCGGUCCCCGAUGAUUUUGUUCAGUACUUCACCUCUCGCUUCCCCCACCUGCUGCUCCACACCCACAGAGCCAUGAGGGUCUGCGCCCACGAGCGGCUCUUCCAGUCCUACUACUGCCAGGAGCCAGCAGAUGAUGGAAAAUGAGGGGAGACGCCGCACCCCGGAGAGCGCUCACAGUAAGAGGCUGGGGGGGCCACUCAGUGCCUAGG